AUGGCUCCGAAGCUGCCACCGUUGCGCUUCGUGCGCUCAGUCUUCAACUCCUUCACCAAGGACUCUGGACUUGAGCCGAGACUACUGGGCAACAACUUUCGGGUGACGGGCGCAUCGGUAGGCAAAGUCGACUUUGAGCUGGCCAUCCAGAAGGAGCACACGAAUCGCCUCUCCACGAUCCAUGGCGGAACACUUGCUAGUCUUGUUGAUCUUGGUGGCUCUCUUGCUGUCGCAUCCAAGGGCCGAUUUAUGACGGGUGUUUCGACUGACAUCAAUGUCACGUACCUCAACCCUGGAGGUAAGCCUGGCGAUAUCAUGACGGGCACCGCCACCUGUGACAAGAUGGGAAGAACACUGGCAUACACAACAGUCACAUUCUUCAAUAACAAGGGCGAGUUGGCUGCCAGAGGCAGCCAUACCAAGUACAUUGCCAAGACAUGGGGGUCAGAGGAUUUUGUUGCUCCCGACGAGUAUGUUGCCGAAGAAGAGAAAUAA